AUGGAGAUGCCAGCUGUGGUACAAUUUCUCAGUGCCCCCGGGCCGUUGCUGGCCUUAGUCUUCUUCUUUUUCUUGUGGACUUCCGCCACGCUACUUCGCCUUCUGUGGGUUUCUAUGGCGGCUCUGCUGCUGCGCGAUUGCGACUUGGCUACCAAGCUUCUUACCGAGCGCAAAACCUAUUGGAAAAAUAGGGUCGCUUGGAUCACCGGUGCCUCCAGUGGGAUCGGCCUGAGCCUGUGCCGCUUGCUCGCUGCCAGGCGUUGCUUCGUGAUUCUCUCCAGUAGGAAAAAAGAAGAUUUGAUUAGUGCUCGUGACGAUGCAAUCGACUACAGCCAACGACAUGGAGUCAAACGGUCUCCUGAAGACUUCCUCCUUCUCCCCUUUGACAUGAAGAAACCGGAAACCUUCUUUGGGGUUGUGGAUGAAGGACGACAGUGGAAGGGCAGGAUCGACUUCCUCUUUAGUAACGCAGGUGUCGCUUGCCGAGGCAUGAUGCUUCCCUCAUCAAUUGAUAACGAAAUCCUUCAAGUGAAUCUCCUUUCGCAAAUGGAAUUUGUGAAGCUCAUCGUUGCCCGCAUGAUUCAACAGCAAUAUGGACACAUCAUUUUUACCAAUUCAAUGAGCGCGAGAACCACCCUUGGAGGCCGGACCGCGUACAGCACAGCCAAAGGAGGUCUUCUCAAUUUCUCAUACGGACUCUCGCGUGAGCUGAGAGGAAUGGGAAGUCCUGUGCGUGUAACAACCGUUCUGCCCGGUUACAUCAGAACGUCGCUCUGCGACCGAGAGCUAUACGCGGAUGGAACGGUUCCGAAAGGCGUGCACGUCGCCAAAGACAUUCGCACUGGUCUCUCUUCUGACCGAACAGCGGAGUUGAUGCUCCGAGGCAGCUCUCGCGGUCUCUCUGAAAUUUGGAUCGGAAAGAAUCCAGACCUUUUCUACAUGUACGCCAUGUACUACGUGCCAGAUAUCGCCAAUUUGGUGGUUGACUACGGAGCCAGUUCCUACGCAAGAAACAUCGAGGAGGAAAUCCGACAGCGGCGCUAUGUCGCGCGUCGCGCCCGCGGGAAUGGCACCGGUGGACCGCCUCCCGCCGACGAACCAGGCGCCGGCUUCAAGAAGCGAAAAGCGUCUGAAGAUGUUGUGCAUUCUGCCCCUUUUUCCUCUCCGCUUUCGUUUCCGCCUGAGCGACACCAACGAGAUGAGGACGCAUCGCCAGCGUCUGUCCCCUACGAGAUGGCGACACAUGCCGGUGAGAGGAGAAGCCGUGGCGACUCUUUGCCACCUGCGAAAGAUGGCAAGGCAACAGCGGAAUCUAAGAGCAGGGCCAACUCGAGAGUUCUUCCCGACGCAUACGGCCCGAUCGAGACUGUCGCGAAUGCGAUUUCAGACGCCGUCAGUCAACUAGGCAGGUUCGGGUCAAUGGGAUCUGACACCGCAUGAGACCACGAGGAACGCACCAACGGGAUAGCUGCCCGCAGGCGAGGCAACUUAGGGCAGGCUAGAAACGGGUAGGCGGAGGCAGCGCAUAACAGACAGUAGGCGCAAAAGAAACUCGCCACAGGGGUAAAAAUGGACUGGCCAUGGUGAGCGUAGAGAGAGCAGACAAGGAUAUCUCUAGAGAAUGAACGGGGAAGCGAGGCGAAGGCCGACUGGCCCCUGAGAACGCAAACGGAUGCUGCACGAAAAAAAAGAUGGAUGCGAAAAAGGUAUUCGGGAAGCGAUAAUGAACAUGACUUUGAGUUCAACAAGAAGAGAUUACAUUUGGUAAAAUACAACGAGGACAAUAAAACGGUGGAUUGAGGUUUAAAUGAGCGGAGAUGUAAACGCUGUAAAACGUGCCGAACAGUAAGUCACCAUUCUGC